ACCGUGUGUGACAUUCUCUGUCUCUUUGCCAAGGGGUUUGGAGGAAGAUACAAAGUAGUUUCUCCUCCUUUUCACCCAGCCCGCCAUCGUUUGGAGGCACGAGAUUAAUAAUUGAGCAUUUAUUUAUUGCGCGAUAGAGACGGAGGGGCGAGGGAGCGCAAACGCACUGUGAGGCUGCCAGUUUAAAUCUAUCUGUGGCUUGAACGACCGGGAAGCACGCCACAGCCACUCCGUAGUAGUAAAGGCGAUUUAGGCGACUCCAAACACUGCACAGCCGCGAGAGCGAACAACUAUCUCUCUCUCUCAGCGUAAAGAUUGUCCGUUUUCGGCGCAGAACAUGAAUAAGCUAUACAUUGGCAACGUGAGCGCAGAGGCGUGCGAGGAGGACCUCGAAACUGUGUUUGACCAGAACAAGAUUGCGCACUCGGGUACGUUUCUUAUCAAAACUGGCUAUGCGUUUGUGGAUUGCCCGGACGAGCUGACUGCACAGAAGGCCAUCGAUGUUAUUUCAGGUAAAGAACUUCUCGGAAAAGUUCUCGAAGUCGACUACUCGGUCCCUAAACGUCAAAGGAGCUGUAAGCUGCAGAUCAGGAAUAUCCCGCCUCACAUGCAGUGGGAGGUUUUGGAUGGUAUGCUUGCUCAGUAUGGUCCAGUAGAGAGCUGUGAACAAGUAAACACUGACACGGAGACUGCAGUUGUCAAUGUCCGAUAUGCGGCCAAGGAGCACGCCAGGCUGGCGUGGGAGAAGUUGAAUGGAUCAGUUAUUGAGAACUAUACCGUGAAGGUGUCCUAUAUCCCCGAUGAGACGGCGGCACCGGAGGGUCCUUCGGCGGGAGGCAGGAGAGGCUUUAAUGCCCGCGGACCCCCUCGUGCCGGCUCCCCGGGUCUUGGAACGCGGCCGAAAGUGCAGUCGGACAUCCCGCUGCGCAUGCUGGUUCCCACGCAGUUUGUGGGCGCAAUUAUCGGCAAGGAAGGCGCAACGAUCCGCAACAUCACCAAACAGACUCACUCAAAGAUUGACAUUCAUAGAAAAGAAAAUGCAGGCGCAGCAGAGAAACCCAUCACGAUCCACUCCACCCCUGAAGGCUGCACCAAAGCUUGUAGAACCAUCAUGGAGAUCAUGCAGAAGGAAGCAGUUGACACAAAAUUCACUGAAGAGAUCCCCCUCAAGCUUCUUGCACACAACAACUUUGUCGGAAGAUUAAUAGGGAAAGAAGGACGCAACUUGAAGAAAAUUGAACAGGACACCGGGAUCAAGAUCUACAUCUCAUCUCUUCAGGAACUGACCGUGUACCAGCUGGAGCGGACCAUCACAAUCAAAGGCUCCAUUGAUGCAUGCUCGAGAGCCCAGGAGGAGGUGAUGAAGAAGAUCAGGGAAUCACACGACAGUGACAUGGCUGCUAUGAAUCUUCAGUCCAACUUGAUUCCAGGCUUGAAUCUGAACGCUUUGGGCUUGUUCAGUGGAGCGCCGGGCAUGGGUCCCUCGAUGUCCAGCGGUCCGCCUCCUGGAGCCCACGGUGGCUGCCCGUCGUUUGGUUGCAGUCCUUAUGAAGGUGAGGGGCCGUUUUGGGCUUCUAUGCUGUCGGCGAGCAGCCAGCCCUUUGCUGGACACCCGGAGUCGGAGACGGUUCACCUGUUCAUUCCUGCGCUUGCGGUGGGAGCCAUCAUUGGAAAACAGGGUCAACACAUCAAACAGCUGUCGCACUUUGCCGGAGCCUCAAUCAAGAUUGCCCCUGCAGAAGGAAUGGAUGCCAAACAGAGGAUGGUCAUCAUUGUUGGACCACCAGAGGCUCAGUUUAAGGCUCAAUGUCGUAUCUUUGGCAAGCUGAAAGAAGAGAAUUUCUUUGGACCUAAGGAAGAGGUGAAACUUGAGGCUCACAUCAAGGUUCCCUCCUUUGCUGCUGGACGAGUCAUCGGGAAAGGAGGAAAAACGGUGAACGAGCUGCAGAACUUGACCUGUGCGGAAGUGGUGGUGCCCAGGGACCAGACGCCUGACGAGAACGACCAGGUUAUCGUGAAGAUCAGCGGACACUUCUUUGCGUGCCAGCUGGCCCAGAGGAAAAUACAGGAGAUCCUGGCUCAGGUGAGGAGGCAGCAGCAGCCUAAGCCCGCACCUGGAGCGCAGCCUGCAAUGCCCCGCAGGAAAUGAGGACGCGGCGGACCUCGAGGAACGGUGACUAAAAUCUGCCAGAAGACUCGUCAGAAGGACAGAUGCAGCGGAGUCCAGGGGGAGAAGAAGACAGUGGGUCCUUUCGCUCAUCUCAGGGGUGACGGGUUCUCCGAGCCCAGCCAAGCAUCCACCCCUCCUUGUCUUCCUCGACGGAUGUUCAAGUGUGGCUAAAGUGAGACCCUGUACCUCCACCCACUUCACCUCUCUGCAUCUCUGUGAGAAUGUACUUCUGAGGGCUCCCACCUUUGUCACCUGCCCUCACAUGUACGCACCCCUUGACCGCUC